AUGGCUUCCGUGAACUUCCCUGGGGAGAAUGGGGAGGAUAACCAGGAGCAAGGUGGUGAUAUCCGGGAGGUCGGCAGCAACGUAUCUAAACCUACGAAACGACAAAGAUGGGCGACAACUCGAGCCCCCGGACAUGGAGGAAUCAAAAAGCGGGUCUCUAUUAUUGAUCGCUUCCACAAGCGGUCAGAUAUGAAGGAGGAAAAGCGAAAGUCGACCAACACAAGCGCCUCAACCAACGCCGGAUCAACAGACGGUGAGGAUAACCCAGAUGGUGGGUCGAAUCGGAGAAUUUACUUCAGUAUUCCGAUUCCCGAGUCCGAACGUGACGAAGAUGGCCACCUGCAAAUCAGCUAUCCACGAAACAAGAUCCGUACCGCCAAAUAUACCGCGCUUACUUUCGUACCCUACAACAUCUGGUUGCAGUUCCACAACAUCGCGAACAUUUACUUCUUAUUCGUCAUUAUUCUUAAUUUCUUCCCUAUUUUCGGUGCCAACAACCCUGGUCUGAAUGCUGUUCCCCUGAUCGUCAUUAUUGUAGUGACAGCUAUCAAAGAUGCCAUUGAGGACUGGGGUCGAACGGUGUCUGAUAACCAAGUCAACAACUCUCCCGUUUACAGACUGGUCGACUGGAACAAUGUCAAUUCGACCGAAGACAACAUUGGAUUAUGGCGUCGUGUAAAGAAGGCUAGUACCCGGGGUACGAUCGCGUCCUACAAGUGGAUUGUGUCUCAAUUCAAAAAGAAGCAACCCGCAGAGCACGACGAGGAAGGACAGCGACGUCAAUCCUUCAUGAGCACCGCGGAUCCUCGAUCCUCAAUCUAUACAGAGCGCAAUCUGGCCCCAGAAGAUGUCGCCAUCCCAAUGACUGAUGUUCCGUCGCCUCAACCCGAAGCGCGCGAAGAUUGGCCAAUGAUGAACAAACCAGAGAACAAAUUCUUGUCCCCAAACAGCGCAGCCCGUGAGAGUGUCAUGGAGCCGUUGCCAGACAAGAAGCAUGGAACUGUUUUGGAUAUGUCCAAGCAAACGCCUGGAGUGGCUCGCUUCAAACGAGACCAAUGGAAGAGUUUGCAAGUUGGUGACUUUGUUCGUUUGUAUAACGAAGACCCAAUCCCCGCCGACAUCGUCAUUCUUUCUACAUCCGACCCGGACGGUGCUUGUUACGUCGAAACCAAAGGACUCGAUGGAGAAACCAACCUGAAGGUUCGCCAGGCCCUUCACUGUGGUCGUAAAGUUAAACAUGCUCGAGAUUGCGAGAAAGCCGAGUUUGUCAUUGAAAGUGAGGCGCCCCAUGCCAACUUGUACUCGUACAACGGUGCCGUCCGCUGGGAUCAGCGUGACUCGCGUUUCCCAGAGGCGCCUCGGAAAGAGAUGGUAGAGCCCAUCACAAUCAACAACAUCUUGCUCCGUGGUUGCAACUUGAAGAGUACUGAAUGGGUCCUCGGUGUUGUUCUUUUCACCGGUGGAGAGAGCAAGAUCAUGCUCAACUCUGGUGCCACCCCGGCCAAGCGUCCCCGCAUGGCCAAGGAUCUCAACUGGAACGUCAUUUACAAUUUCAUCAUUCUCUUCCUCAUGUGUCUCGUCUCGGGUAUCGUGAACGGAAUCGCAUGGGCAGCGCCAGAUAGGUCCUUGGACUUUUUCGAUCUCGAGUCAUAUGGAGACACCCCUCCUGUGACCGGUAUUGUCACAUUCUGGACUGCAGUUAUCCUGUUCCAAAACUUGGUUCCCAUUUCCCUAUACAUUUCACUCGAAAUUGUACGCACCAUCCAAGCUGUUUUCAUUCACAGUGAUCUCUACAUGUACUACGAGAAACUCGGCAUCUAUUGUGUUCCUAAGUCUUGGAACAUUUCAGAUGAUGUCGGUCAGGUAGAGUACAUUUUCUCCGACAAGACUGGUACUUUGACCCAGAACGUUAUGGAGUUCAAGAAGUGCACAAUCAAUGGUGUCUCCUACGGUGAGGCGUACACCGAAGCUCAAAUUGGCAUGAGGCGUCGUGAGGGAGCCGAUGCCGAUGCAGAGGCUUUGGUGGCCCGAGAACAGAUUGCUGCCGAUGGUCAGGAAAUGCUUCGCAACUUGCGUCGCAUUCACGACAAUCCCUACCUGCACGAUGACCAACUGACUUUCAUUGCUUCCAAAUUCGUGGCUGAUUUGGACGGAAAAUCUGGAGAGCAGCAGAAAAAGUCCAACGAACAUUUCUUCCUGGCUUUAGCUUUGUGUCACACCGUCAUCACCGAACAUACUCCUGGUGACCCCCCUCAGAUUGAGUUCAAGGCCCAAUCACCCGAUGAGGCUGCGCUGGUCAGUACCGCACGAGAUUGCGGUUUCACUGUUCUGGGUCGGGCCGGUGACGACCUGCUCUUGAAUAUCAUGGGCGAGGAACGCACUUACACCGUUUUGAACACGCUCGAGUUCAACUCAUCCAGAAAGCGAAUGAGUGCGAUCAUCCGAAUGCCUGAUGGUUCUAUCCGCCUGUUCUGCAAGGGUGCUGAUAGCAUCAUUUAUUCUCGUCUUGCCCGUGGCAAGCAGCAAGAGCUCAGACGGCAGACGGCAGAGCAUUUGGAGGAAUUCGCCAGAGAAGGACUCCGAACCUUAUGCGUUGCCGACCGCCUACUCAGUGAAGAGGAGUACCAAAGCUGGGUUAAGGAGCAUGACAUUGCUGCCGCUGCGAUCACUGAUCGUGAGGAGAAGCUCGAGAAAGUUUCCAGCGAAAUCGAGCAGGAACUCAUGCUCAUCGGUGGAACAGCCAUUGAGGAUCGAUUGCAAGAUGGCGUUCCAGACACAAUUCAACUUCUUGCGGAUGCCGGUAUCAAACUUUGGGUUUUGACUGGUGACAAGGUGGAGACUGCUAUCAACAUCGGCUUCUCAUGUAAUCUUCUCAAUAACAACAUGGAGUUGAUUGUGCUCAACAUUGCGGAAACCGAGUUUCAACAGGCUGAAGCCGAGCUUGACAAGCAUCUACAGACCUUCGGUUUGACCGGAUCCGAUGAAGAACUUGUUGCUGCACGAACAGAUCAUUCUCCACCCGAAGCUACGCAUGCCGUGGUCGUCGACGGUGAAACUCUCAAGCUUAUGCUGUCCGACGAGUUGAAGCAAAAGUUCCUCCUGUUGUGUAAGCAAUGCAAGGCUGUGCUUUGCUGUCGUGUAAGUCCGGCACAAAAGGCCGCUGUUGUCAACAUGGUCAAGAACGGCCUUAACAUCAUGGCCCUUUCAAUCGGUGAUGGUGCCAACGAUGUGGCGAUGAUUCAAGAGGCCGAUGUGGGUGUUGGUAUUGCCGGUGAAGAAGGUAGGCAAGCUGUCAUGUCCUCGGAUUAUGCCAUCGGUCAGUUCCGGUACCUCCAGCGCCUCCUUCUAGUGCAUGGUAGAUGGUCUUACCGCCGUCUUGGAGAGUGCACGGCCAACUUCUUCUACAAGAAUCUUGUGUGGACAUUCGCUCUCUUCUGGUACUGUAUCUACAACGACUUCGAUUGUUCCUACUUGUUCGACUACACUUACAUUGUACUGGUCAACCUUGCGUUCACUUCCUUGCCGGUUAUCUUCAUGGGUAUCUUCGAUCAGGAUGUGGACGACAAGGUUUCUCUCGCCGUCCCGCAACUCUACAUGAGAGGCAUCGAGCGAAAGGAAUGGUCGCAACUCAAAUUUUGGUUGUACAUGGCCGAUGGCUUGUACCAGUCAAUAAUUUGUUUCUUCAUGCCUUACUUGUUGUUCCGCCCGGCAAACUUCGCCACUAGCGAUGGUCGGAAUAUCAAUGACAGAGCGCGUAUUGGUAUUCUUGUCGCGUCAUGCGCCGUUCUCUCCAGCAACCUCUACAUCAUGAUGAACACCUACCGAUGGGAUUGGUUCACGUCUCUGAUCAACGUUAUCAGUAGCCUGCUGAUCUUCCUGUGGACUGGAAUCUACACGUCUUUCAUUUCCUCAGGCCAAUUCCUCCAUGGCGCUGCUGAGGUAUAUGGAGCCUUGAGCUACUGGAUCGUGCUUUUGGUUACUAUCCUGAUCUCCUUGCUGCCGAGGUUCACUUACAACUCCAUUCAGAAGGUAUUCUUCCCGCUUGAUGUUGAUAUCAUUCGGGAACAGGUGACCCAGGGCAAGUUCAAGUACCUUGAUGCGCUCGACAAUAUGCCCGCUGUGCCUCCAAAAGUGAAAGACCCCGCUUCCCAGAGCACGGCUCUCAGUGAAGCAUCAGCAACCUCUUCAGAGAUCGUGAAGCCAAUUCAGCCUGCCAUGAAGCAGGAUACCGUGGUUCCCGACGACGAGCGACCCUUCUACGCGCCGUCCAUGGCCCCCACUGCGAAUACACACAACCCUCGCAGUCAAAAUGGCAGCAACGGUACCAACUACACCGCAAGCCUUGACCAGUACCCGCGGCCACAAUCGGUAGACUAUGUUCGCCGAUCUCACGACCGGACACGACAUUCCUUCGAACGGGGUCGACCCAGCUUUGAGCAGAGCAACGAUUAUACUACUGCUGCCAUGCUCUCUCGAGUAGAGUCCUCCAACACACCCAAUCGUCAAAUUGAAGAUCCGUUCCGGACUCCUGAUGAUGCCUCUGCACAUAAUAUGAUUUAG